AUGAAUCGUUCGAAAUGGUCGUUGCGGCGUCUUAUUCUGGGUCUCAGCGUUGAGGACGCACAGAGCAAGUUCGACACUCCAGAGUCUCGCGGCAUUCUUCGCGUAGCGCACGAGCGGUAUAAUCAGGGCAUUUAUCACGAGCUUCAAAUCGCACAGCGGCAGCGCAAUGGGCUCGCCCCGGAGCGCAAAUGUCACAUCAGUCGCUUUACAAAACCAAGUGUUCCAGGCUUUCAAGCGUAUCUGAAAGGCUCCCCAGAUGACUAUGUGAUCCGUGAAGUUUGGGAUGACGAUGACAAUGUCGGCGUUGGGGAAAGUGGUGCGGUGAGGGCAAAGGACGAAGUGACCCUUAGUCACAGCAGCGCCAUCAGCAGCGCACCAACUGUAUCGCCAAAAAUAAAGCAAGAGCAAGACGCCUUCAGGACAACAAAAGCGGCGAUCCUGAAAACGCUGGCCUCGGCUCUGCAACUCGUCAUGGAGAGUGUGCUCUCGGAGCUCAAGGGCCGGCGACAAAGUGGGACACUAUUGUCAAAGGAGCACCAGGCGUCAGUUGUGAAUCGACUAAUUGGUGAAGUGGCCGAGUCCAGUGCGCGGAGCUACAAGAGCCUGUCAUCAUCAUCGCAUCUGCUUGAGCCAGUUGAGAUGGCAGUGACACUGUUUGGUCGCAGAGACACAGCUGAGGUGCAGGCAUUCAAUAGCGGCACCUUCACUGUCCCAGCAGCUGAAGGAGACAUCUCCUACUCCUUAUGGGUCGCUGGUGGCAUUGUCGCGAGCGAGGAGCUUAUGGCGGAUUUCCCGUUUCACCUCGCCAAGUUUGUGACCCCUUCUCAGGCGUCGUCGCCGUCACAUCGGCUGCCACAUGUGGAGGUGGAAAUCUACUUCUCCUCUGAGUUAUUCCAGCUUGAGAAGACAAUCGGGCCAAACGGCGUCCGUAUGCUGCGCUCGUUUAUCGGCAAAGCCAUGAUGAAACAGCACGAGCCAACACCAACAUCCACCACACUGCUUCUGGCCGCAUCAGGAGAGAAGGAGCGUGAUCUUUACAACAUUUACGAUUCAUCGCGCGAUCAUGGCGAAGUUCGAAUUCCGUGGAUUCGCAAAGUGAUGGCCAAGGUAUCUACGGUGACUGGCGUGGUGUUUAGCGCGGAGGACUCAGAUGAGAAUCCCUCUGUCGAUCGCAUGCGUGCCUCUGUAAGCUCCGUCUGGCGAGCGUGGGGCCACCUCGUCAAGGACCUCCACGUUCAUGGUGACCUCGACUACCUCUAUGUCUCCAUCAGCCGUCAGCAGGAGUGGGAGGGCAACGAAGCGUACAUCUCGGAGCUGAAGAAACUGGAGGCUGCCAGGGACGCCGAGGAAUCUGCUGGACCGCUCGUAGAGACUGCAAACGUAUCCCGCACUUUGAGUCUCAGCAAUGCCGCAAACUUCGCGGCAGCGGGCGUCGCCAGCAAAGCGCGCAAAUUGUACCUACCUAUCUCGGCCGAUUUUGUGGUUUUAGAGUGCACGCUAGAGCGAAAAGGCCUGCCACACAACAUGGUCGUCGAGGACAUUGUAUCCACCUUGAUGGAGAUGCAGCAAGAGCAGAUGGAGAUGCAGCGGCUAUGUGUUCUCGACGCCAUAGCGAUUCAGGUGGAAGAAAGCGAGACCAAACCCAGCUCCAACAGAUCUGUGGUGUACACUCGAGAUAAGAUUGUUCCGGUGCUGUACGAGCCGAAAAUCGUCGUCUCCCACGCCGGAACGCUGGAAAACGGUACACACUCGUUUCAGCGAGUUCGCAUUCGCGGCAGCUGUCUCGCUCACGUUGAGGCGCUAGCGGCAGCGCUGCAAGACGAGUCUGGGAGCUACUUCACCGACAGGUCGUUGCCCUGCUCCACGACUUCUGCAACUCUUUCGGCAGCAGGUAGCAGCGGAGGCCAGAAUAACCUGGUAGGAGGGUCAUCGCUUCCAAAAAACCUGUCGUUUCGCGCCGUGCGUGCGCCAAGCACUCAGCAGCGACUCACCGGUCACAGCGCCCCUUGCGCCUCUGCUGUAGGAGACAAGUUCGGCGAUCCCACGUCACGCAUCCGUCAUCCGCGUUCGCAGACGCUCACGCUUGCCGCCGACAACUACGCGCUCGUCACAGACGAUGAGCGCCAGUUUUGGAAAGAGAACUAUUACCGACUCUCUGAGAUGAAGGUUAUUUACCACGAUCGCGUUGACGCGGCAGACGCACUCGGUCAGUCGUGGCAGUCUCUGCCUCCACGCGUCCAUGAGCACCUCGCCUUACUGAACCGCCACCUCGCGCCAGGCGAUUCCACGGCUAACCAGGAUCAUGAUGAAGAGGGUGGCACCACUGCGCCAGGAAAGCGGAAGCGGAAAAAGGGUGGCAAGAAGACGAAACGGCCGACAGCCGAAAAGGAGGAGGCGGCGGCCACCGCAGCACUAGGGCUGGCACCGGAGAAGCUUUUCGAGUACUUCUGCACCGACAUGGAGGCAGAGAGCGCGCGGCACGACCUGCGUACCGGUGACUGCAUGGGGUAUGAUUACCUUCUCAACCUGCGGCGCAUCCCAGACAAGCACCUUCCUCUGGUCGCCCCUGCCGUAGCGUCCGUCACAUCCAAAGGCUUCAUCAACUACUACGGGCCACAGCGCUUCGCCACCUACACUCGGAUGAACAUGCACCCUGGGCUCCACUUGCUGAAGGGUGAGUACAAGGCGGCGGCACACAUUCUGGUGCAGCAGUUCUACCUCGAUGCCGCAAUGGAGGCGGAGCGGCAGCGCACUGGGCAGGCGUUCCCCCGCAUGCAGGCCCUGCAAGGAUACGGUGGGUUUCGCCUGCCAGAUUUCCUGCGUUCUGGUACGCGCCGCUCCGUCGCCGAAAACGGAACGCCCAUGCAACGAGUGCUCUACAACGCGCUUCAGGCGUCCGCCUUGCUCGGGGGCGAUGAGGGCCUCGACGGUGACGAUGGCCUGAGUGGCCAGGGCCUCGGCAGUAGCGACCCUGGAUGGGGCCCAUUAGCAACAGCGUCUGGGCAACGCCGUGGAAGAGGCCAGCCACGCGCAUCCGGCAGAGCGGCCCGUCUGAAUAGGGAUGCCGCUGCCGGUGCUGCUCGCGCUGCUGGUGACGAUGAUCCCUGCGCAGAGGCGUUUCUGCGGGUGAUUGGUCCGCGCGCGUGUGCGAUGCUCAUCCAAGAGUUUCUGAGCUUCAUCUGGAACGACAUUGUCAACCAGAGGUUUCAACGCUACGGCACGUUCACGCUUCUUCCGGGUGACCUCGUGAGGGCCGGCGGGGUCACAGCCGCGGCCUUGCACGACAGUGGUGAAGGAGAUGUAGCAAUGACCUCGCCGUUAGUCCAUGCCUCCCGCGGCGAGAUCGAGCGCGGAGUGUUUUCGGUGUGGGACUUGGUUCUGCCGCUGCCAGGCGCCGACAUCCGCCUUCCACAGAACCACACAGAGGACUUGUAUGUGGUGGCAUUGCAGCGAUACGGGCUGCCGUUCGACCCCGAGUCGCGACAGUGGCGCUGCUUCAAGCCGUCACCGCUCGCGCGCCACGGAGAGGAGCCAGCGCGGGCGAGGGUGGCGGCGGAAGGCAGGUCCCUCAGCGGCGCACCCCUGUCUCCGUACUACAAUCUCACCUCCACCUUUGCGCUGAUGGAGGAAGAGCUGGGCUCACGCACGCUGAGCACGGAUGCGCUUCCGUUGAAUGGUGAGGGUCCAGGGGGCCGCUUUGGGGCCGGUGAUGCCACCCUGCAGGCGGAUGCUGGAUUGGAUGCAGUGAAUCUGAGGCCCGACUUACGCGCUGGCGGCGGCAACCCGCUCGGCCUCACCAUCGGUGCCUCGUAUCGCCAUGUGCUAGUGCGGCCAACAGCCGACACGAUGCAGUGGCGACUUCUGAAGGGAGUGAUUGGUGACCCGUACCAGCGAUGGGGAAUGACUACCCAAGCACAGGUUCGAGCACUCGAUGCUGUGCAGCUGGCGAGCACAAGCUUCGCCGCCGACGUGGAACCGGUGUGGAUGUUCCCGUCACCAUCUGGCGCGCUCACCUCGGUGAACGGGCGUGGUGUGCCGCAGCUGCUAAAUGUGGAGUCAGGCGUGUCACAGGAUAAAGAGGAGGUGGAGGACGGAUCCCACGGUGACGCGGCGACAGAAACGAACGCGCCUCAAGCGGCGCCAGCAGGCAUCGAAGCCUCGCAGAGAGGCAGCCUGGCUAGAGAUACCGGCCCUUUGACAACAGCGGCGGCCAGGACAGCCGCCGGGUACCGCCAUCAGCGGCGCUGGACCGGCACCUCGCAGCUUCUGCGAGCGCCGUCGCCCGCCGGGCACUCGCUGGCGUCUAGAUCAGAGACAAAACAGCAGCUGGCUCUCCGCCGCCGAGCGCCACCGGCGCCAUCGUGGCUACCGCGGCACCACGGCAGUGCGCUGCAGCUACGUCUGCGUCUCCCAUGCGGCGUGUAUCCGGGCAUGCUUGUGAGAGAGCUCCUCAAGAUGGACGUGAAUACGCCGGAUGUUGUCGACCUCGACAGGGCUGCGUCGUCGUCGUCGCGCACCGACCGCCGCGCACAGUCGUGGCAGGAUCUUACCGCAGAUCAGAGGGCCACCUAUCAGAAGUGGAUCGCAAAGCGUCGUCAGCAGCGACGGUUCCUGCAGCAGCCGCGCGCAAUCAGCCUCGCCUUGCUGCACCAGCAGAUCUUCCGUAGCAGUGGUAUCCGGCAGAGCUUACUUCCAACACUGCGCAGCUACGAUAGCGUGUCAAAGUGA